AUGGAGAGCUUUUACUUGGGUUUCUACCAAUCAGAACAAAGCCCAACUAUUUAUACACAAGGAAAUCUACCAGUGGGUGAAGCUAACAAACUCUACAAGAAGCUCUCAACUCAUGACUCUUUCACUGCUACAACAAGUUUAACUCAACAUUCUUCCUCAAGUGAUGACUACGUCAAAAUCAAACGUAGUUUCUUCAACAUACUACUAGUUAUAUUUAUUGCAAUAACAGGCAUGGUUCUUUUGGUCCUACUCAUUAAACUUGUGACAAGGAAAACUCCUGAUAGAUCUAUUGAAGGCAAAGUAAUGGGUACGUGGUCAGGUCUCUAUAGAUUUUCAAAAGUAGAGAUUGAGAAAGCAAUAAAUUACGGAAAUAGCAAAGUCAGCCUAGGGUCAGGAAGUGCUGGCCGAGUCUACCAAGGUGUUCUUCCUAGUGGGCAGCUCGUAGCAGUGAAGCAUAUAUACAAGAACGCCAUGUCUGAUUCUUUCACGAGGGAAGUCGAACGCCUGUCAAAGAUUCGGCACCCUAACUUGGUUGGUCUCCUUGGUUGUUGUAUAGAAAAUGGGGAGCAAUACUUAGUGUACGAAUAUUGCGGCAAUGGGAAUCUUGCACAGAAUUUGUUGAGGAGUGACAGAGUCCUCCCGUGGGACAAACGAGUGAGGAUAUUGAAAGACUGUGCUCUUGCUCUUAGGUUUCUCCAUACUCAUCCAGAUGGUUGUAUUGUCCAUAGAGAUAUCAAGCUAACAAACAUCCUACUAACAGAAACUAUGGAACCAAAGCUUUCAGAUUUUGGUUUAGCAAAGUUGAUUGGAAUUGAGGAGAGUAAAGUCUUUACAGAUGUGAGGGGAACCAUAGGCUACAUGGAUCCUGAAUACAUGACAAAUGCUAAGCUCACAACAGCAAGCGAUAUUUAUAGUUUUGGUAUAGUGGUCUUGCAACUUCUAUCAGGGAAAAAAGUUAUUGAAUUGGACAUCGAAGCUCGGGAAACAUUAACAACAAAGGCCAAGGAUGCUGCAUUGGGGAGACGUCCGCUCGAGGAUUUUGUUGACCCUCGACUAAAUGGCGAACUUAAUUUGAAGGAUUUUGAGUCUAUCUUACGUGUUGCUGUUCUUUGCGUUGCUAGUUCAAGCAGGGGGCGCCCCACAACCAAGGAAGUUUAUGAUGAGAUGAAUAAAGCAUGGAAAAACACAUUUACUACCACGCCUGCUCUGGCUAGGAGAGUAACUCGUCAACUAUCCAUGUCGCGGUCUCGAUCACAUUCCCUCUCGAUGGAAUUUAUGGAGGGAAAGACGCCUCUCUUCAACACUCUCGCAAUCCUGCCAUUGUGGGUGUUGAGAUUCUACAUGAUAAAUGGGUCAUCUUCUUCUCUAUGUUGA